UUGCUAGGAGACCGCUGCGACGCCGGCGGCGGGGUCGGGGGCGUUGGGAGGCCGCAGCCGGUACCGGGACCGCGCCGGGGGCGGGGGCGGGGGGGGGCACCAUGCCGGUGGCGGGGGAGGACCGGCUCCUGCAGCUGCAGAGCCAGGCGCUGGCCGAGGAGGAGGCGGCCAAGGCGAGGGGGGAGCUGCUGGUCAGGUUCCUGAAGGACAAGCUGGCCAAGGAGGAGCGCAGCAGCGCCCUGAGCCUCCACAAGCUCAGCGCCCAGUGGCGGGGGGUGCUGCGGGAGGUGAAGGAGAAGGAGCUGCGCGAGGACAUCGCCGUGCUCAGCCAGGCCUUCGCCCGGGUGCUGGACUGCAAGGACAGCGUCAUCAAGUCCCUGGUCACAGACGUGGAGGAGGCGGAAGCGCAGCACGCCCGGGCGCUCGGCAGCCACCUGCAGAACAUCGAGCGCCUGCUGCAGCUUCAGCGCUGCCGCCUGGCCUGCCUGCAGGAGGGAUUCGACGCCCAGCUGAAGGCCCUGGAGGCCGAAUUUGAGACGGAGAGGAAAGCCAUCCUGGAGCAGCACGAGGAAGAAAUCCGCUACCUGCAGGACGUGGUGCUGGCCCUGGAGCAGAACUACGCCCAGGACGAUCACGAGGCCACGCUGAAUUUCCAGAGUGCCCGGGACGACAUCAAGAGCAAGAGCCUGCAGGAGAAGCAGUACAGCCGCCUGCAGCAGAGUGGGAAGAUGGAGGCGCUCUGGGAGCAGUUCCAUGCCGCCAUGCAGAGCUACGCCGAGGCCACCGAGCACCAGAAAACGGCCUUCGAGGGGCUGAAGCAGAAGGAUGAGAAGAGCUCCAGGGAGAUAGAGAUGCAGGCAAAGAAGCUGCAGAAACUCCAGGAUUUGGUGGCGGCCACCAAGGCUCGGCUCGCGGCUCAGCUCCGGGACAACGAGGAGCGGAACCGGCGCGCGCGGGAGGAGAAGGAAGCCGUGCUCAGGCAGCUCCAGGAGCUCAAGAACAAAAUGAACCAAGCCCGGGCUGAGGCCCACGACAACCUGGCCAGGCUCACGGCGCAGAGCAACGCCGCCCUGAAGGCGCUGGCACAGGUUGUGGAGAAGGCAGAGCGCGUCCUGCGGCUGGCCGAGAUGUGCCGCCGGCUGGAGACGGAGGUGGAGAAGGUGCUGCCCUUCUACCCGUCCUCGCUGGCCGAGGGGGAGCUUUUUGACGCCGACAGGGUUCUCAAGGAGGAACCUGCGGAGCCUCUGGCCCAGGCCCUGCAGGAUUACGUGGGGCUGGAGCGCUUCUGGCAGCGCUUCAACAAGGCGAGGCUGGAGGAGCAGGCGCUGGCGCGGGAGCGGGCGGCCGCGAGCCACCAGAACCAGCGGCUGCGGGGGCUGCUCCAGCAGUACCUGGAGGGGCUCUCCGUCAGCCCCGAGGUGCUCAGCAAGCCCAACCCACUGCUGGCCAUCGAGCACAAGAGCCGUGUCCCCCGAUUCCCCCCCAGACCCCGUCCCCAGCUCUGACGGCACCGGCUGGAGCUGAGAAUUGGCCUAACUGUCCCGCGGAGCGGGGUGCCUGGUGCUCGGGGGCACCAUGAAGCUGACAUAAAAGAGCUAAACUGUGCCCAAAA